AUGCUGGUCGAAAUUGAACAGACUGUGGGUUUCCUAGCCUCGUUCUUGUAUGGAACGAUUCCUCGUCGCCGCAUCGACACGUUUGCUGAGAUCUUGGCUAAUCGGUUACUGGAACGCCUGAUGGAUCAGUCUCGCCCACCAAAAAUUUGCCAUUUAGUCGUUAAUGUUGCCGGAAAAAGUGACCCCCUUAUUCAAGAUGCAGUUGAAGAAGCUUACAUGGACUUGACAGAAAUGCAAUCUCUUCUUCCCAACAAUUUGAUUGUUGAGAUACGACAAGGUUCCGUAAAUGCAGUCAAUGCAGAUACUGGUGGACGUCGUUUCCGCAACCGCUCCGCUUUGUCGCCCAAUUCGAAAAGUCGUCAUGGGCAAGAAACAAAAAGACGUCCUCUGCUGCGUAUCGAAUAUGAAUAUCGCUGUGUGGGUGGGGAAAAUAAACCGUGUGGGCGGCCAUAUUUCGAACUGCAACGGGAUGAUGCAGUCUACACAGCUCAGGCCUUUGCUGCGACACGUUUUGGAUCCACCAAGCUUAAAAGUCAUCAGAACUACCGAGUACUCAUCAGAAUAUCGUCGGAAAAAAGCUCUGACUGUGAAAACGAUCAAUCAAGAGAUUCCAAAGAAUUCCUCACAUCUAGUAGACUUUGA